AUGGAGAUGAUCCCCACAAACACCAACACCAUCACCAAAACGGAGCUGCAACACGAUCACGGCGGGAGCACGUCGGCCGCCCCCACGGCGAUAGCCGUCGAGAAUCUUUUGAGUUCCCUCGCACCUCCAGUGUUCCAGUGCGCAGCAGGACAUCUGGUCUGUUCGACCUGCCAUGGCAACCUCCCGGACAAGAAGAGGUGCGUCUCCUGCUUCAUCAAAACGGGCUUCAGCCGUUGCUUCAUCCCCACGAGCUACAGCCGCUGCCACGGUGUCGAGCGCAUCCUGCAAUCCGUCCGUGUGGCCUGCCCAUACCGCUGCAGUGCAGCCAAGAUGGUCUACCACGAGAGGGAGGAGCAUGAGAGGACCUGUCCCGGCAAAGCCGGCGCCAUGCAGAAGCAGGGACGUGUCGUGAAGAUGGGCCCCUGCGGCGGCGGCGGCGUAGACGUCUGGGAGAUGGACGUGCGGGGCGUCGACCGUAUCGUGAAGGUCGUCCUCUGGCACUCCGGCGCGGUCGACGCCAUCUCAGUGCUAUACGAGCGGGACGGCCGGGAGGAGCAGACCAGGCACUGGGGAAAGCCCGAAGGACAGCGCUCAGAGAUCUGCCUGGAGCCGGAUGAAUACCUCAUCGGCGUCAAAGGGAACCUUGGCAAUUUUGGUGGUUGCUUCCUCUUGGGAAGGCUUACUUUAAUCGGCAACCUGCGCACCUUUGGGCCAUAUGGAACGCGGGAAGGUCCGCCAUUCGAUCUUCCCGCAGCUGGCGGCAAGAUUGUUGGUUUCCAUGGCCGCUCCGGGGGCCUCCUCGACGCUCUGGGCACCUAUGUAAAGAUGGACGACUAGCCCACACAUUACUAUCUAGGCCAUUGGUCGAUAUUACUAUUUGUACUGCAUGAACAUGUCAAUGUCUACUGUACCUCGUGACCAAACGUAUUACGCAUGAGCAAAUCCAUAUAUUUUUCCUUCUGCAUGUUACCAUA